AUGGCCACUGCUGCCCUGGCCCCUGUGGCUCCCCGUCCACCCUCCAGGUCAGAUCAGCAGCAUAAUGGAAACAUCCAAGAACCUAAUCGACCUUUACGGUGGAGAGUAAUUGAUGACCAACCUCAUGUUGGGAAAUAUAAAUUUAUACGAACUAUUGGCAAGGGAAAUUUUGCCAAGGUCAAGCUAGCAAGUCAUGUUAUAACCGGACAACAAGUUGCUAUCAAAAUUAUUGACAAAACUCAGUUGAGCCCAUCAAGUCGCCAAAAGCUUUUUCGAGAGGUGAGACUGAUGAAGUUGUUGGACCAUCCAAACAUUGUGAAGCUCUUUGAAAUUAUCGACAAUGAUAAAAUUUUAUAUUUGGUCAUGGAAUAUGCCAGCGGUGGUGAGGUUUUUGACUAUUUAGUUGCACAUGGUCGAAUGAAAGAGAAAGAAGCACGUGCUAAAUUUCGUCAAAUUGUUUCUGCCGUUCAAUACUGUCAUCAGAAACAUAUUAUUCAUCGUGAUUUAAAGGCUGAAAAUCUUCUUCUUGAUGCUGAUAUGAAUAUAAAAUUAGCUGAUUUUGGUUUUUCAAAUGAAUUCAGUCCUGGUACAAAAUUGGAUACUUUCUGUGGUAGUCCUCCGUAUGCAGCCCCAGAAUUAUUUCAAGGUAAGAAAUAUGAUGGUCCUGAAGUCGAUGUCUGGUCAUUGGGUGUUAUUUUGUAUACAUUAGUCAGUGGAUCUCUUCCAUUCGAUGGUCAAACACUUCGAGAAUUACGUGAACGUGUUUUACGUGGUAAAUAUCGUAUCCCUUUCUAUAUGUCAACGGAUUGUGAAAGUUUAUUAAAGAAAAUGUUAGUCCUUAAUCCAAGUAAACGAUACACUUUAGAGAUGGUGAUGAAGGAUCGUUGGAUGAAUACUGGUUAUGAAGACAAUGUACUAUCUCCGUAUAUUGAACCUGAACCAGACUACACUGAUCCUGUACGUAUUGAAAUCAUGGUCAAUAUGGGUUUUAGUCGAGAUGAAAUAGAAAAGUCUUUAACACAAGGCAACUUUGAUGAUAUUAUGGCUACAUAUCUCCUCCUUGACAGAAGACGUUCUUCUCUUGAUACCAGUUCACGUGAUGGUUCAAGUCUUUCUUUAAGGCAAAGUAAUCAUUUAUUAUCUACACCAACUCCUACAACUACCCCAUUAAUUACAACUGGUGGUGUUAGUUGUUCAAGUACUAAUGCAACCAGUGUAGAGCAUACCUCAAAUAUUUGUUUAGAUGAUGAUGCAUCCUCUAUGCUAUCGACAAAUGCAAAUAUUGCACCUAUAACUCAAAAUGCACAUUCAAGCUCAAAAUUUACUAUCACCUCUGGAGGUGGUACACGUUCUACAAACACAACACCACCUGGUACAUCAACUACAGUAAACAAUGGUGCCAACAACAAACCCCCUGUCAAUAUUAUCGCACCAUCGUGUGCUUCUGGAUCGGAAAGUCCCAGCGCUUCGGGUACCAGUACAAUAAGUCCUAUUUUACCCGUCAAUCUGGCAACUACAAACACACAUUCAACGUCAAGUGGAAAUACAAAUGUUAACUAUAAUACAGCUCUCAAUGCAAUUGAAACAUCCUCUCCGUCUAGUAAUGCUGAAUCAGUUAAAUUGAUGAGAAGUGAUCUUGUUCGUGCUUCAGAUCGUCCUGGUAGAGAAGAAUCUAGCCGAAUUUUAGCACGAUUACGAGGUAUCACAGAUGAAAUGGCUACUCCUGUAGUCGGUGGUGGUGGCCUUACAGCUUAUCCAAACGUGCCAGGUCAGCGAAUCAGUAUUGAUGCAGGAAGCAGCACAGUUCGUCCUACUACGGCUGGUCAGAGAAAACCUGUUCCAAUUAAUUCACCCGGCUUGAGUACAAAUUCAAAAGUCUCACCAAGCUCUAAUUCAUCCAUGGCACGUCGUACUCAUACCCUGAAUUAUGGAAGCACAACACCAACAUCCGGAGCUCCUCAUUCUGGGGAUCAACAAUAUCCUGGCAGGCGUCAACCAAUUAAUUCAAAUACAAGUAAUCGUAAUACAGGUAGUAAUUUUGACAAUCCUAACCCCAGAAAUUCUAUUGCACUCUCUGGUAUCACCGGGUUAUCUAGUGGAGCUCCUUUGUCUCCACUACCUAGUACCAAUUCAUCUGAUAAGUCUACAUCUGGCAGUUCAUGCACCAGUGGUAACAGUCAGAUUACUACAAAUGGAGCUGGAAGAUUACCAUCUCAUGAGAUCCGCAGUCACGUUACUCCUGCCCUAGUUCCUAUGACUACACGCACAAACAAAGUAGUACAUCAUGCUACAAAUUUGUCUAGUGGUAGUGGAGGUGGUUAUCAUGCCGGUUUAUUGUUGGAAAGAUCGACAACUUUAAGUCCAACCACUAAUUCUAGUGGAAAUGGAACAUCAUCAUGUCAAGUCGCUUCAUCAGCACGUGGAGGAGUAGGAGGUGAUGCUGUCGGAACAGGAGAGCUACAUCGUCAUCAGACAGCUGUUAAUGCUGCCAAUCGAAGUGGAAUCAGUGAUUAUGGCACACCAUCAUCUUUCAAUCGCAAUGAUUUCACGUAUAGUUCACUUAGAAUGGGAUCAUCAUCAUCGAAUCAGGCGCCUACUGCUAUCUCUGUUACUGGACGUCGUGGAGUUACAAUUACAAAUGCUAUUAAUAAUACUUCUUCUGGAAUUAACAAUGGUAUAGGAACUAUUUUGGAGACGACACCAUUUCCUAGACUUACACCAGAACGUCGAACAAUUCAUUCACCAAACCAAGCAAAUAUAGAAUUUGAUUUUGAUGCAUCAAAUACAAACCCGAACAACACUAUAGCUGCUCGUUGUAUGAAUGUACCUCUCGCUGGUGCUGGGGUAUCGAACACUGGUGGGAUGACCCAUUUAACUCCCGCUGGUACUAGUGGACUUACUUUCUUUAAGGCGCUUACUUCUAAAAUUGGUCGACGAGGACCUAACAGUUCACAACUUGGCAAUAUGCCCCAUGCCCUUCCGGGGGGUACUGAUAUUUCACAUAUUCCAUUCUCUGCAGCCGAAAGUAAUAUUGGGGCUUCUACAACCAGUUCAGGAUCGGGUUAUCUACCUGGAGAGUCCGUUUUUUCUGAUUCUAGUAUACAUGCAGGUUAUAAUGAACCUGUAAGUCAAGCAACUCCUGGUGGUAGUUCUACAGGCUCUCCUGUAUCCCAAGGUGGAAAUCAAACAAUUUCACAUGUAGACGAUAGUGUUAAUGAUCAAACAAAACCACGAAGUUUACGUUUUACCUGGUCUAUGAAGACAACAAGUAGUAUGUGCCCAGAUGAUAUGAUUAAAGAGAUAAAAAAAGUUCUCACAGCAAAUAACUGUGAAUAUGAUCAACGUGAAAGAUAUCUUCUCAUAUGUGAACAUGGUGAUCCAAGUACUGAUACAAAUGUUCAAUGGGAAAUGGAAGUUUGUAAACUUCCACGUUUAUCGCUUAAUGGAGUUCGUUUUAAGAGGAUUUCAGGAACUUCUAUUGGAUUUAAAAAUCUUGCUUCCAAGAUUGCUAAUGACCUCAAACUUUAA